AUGUCCUACCCGCGGUACCGCAGCCAGUCUGUUCCUGCUGUUGAGAUCGACGAGCCGACGAAGGGCAAGCUCCGGAAGCACGUCCAGAGCAAGUUCCAACCCGAAUAUCUCGAUCUGGGCAAGCAGCGCGAUGCCGCACUCAACACCGCCGAAGACGAGGAUGCGCGCCAGAAAGCGCAACGCCACUAUACGGAGGGUGUCGAAACGCUACGUUUGCUAGCCGAUGAGGAGUACCAGAACCUACUCCGUCAUGAGAUGGCCAAGCGAGCUGGGGCGGAGCGGAGGGGACAGCCCGAGUCGGUGUUGCAAGAACAGCAGCGUAUCCUUGACAGUAUACAACGGGGCGACGCCGACCAUGUCACAUACCGACCAGGCUCGACGCAGCCGCACUCAGGACGCGAUCAUGGCGCGCGGCGCCCAUCCAUCACCACGGCGAACGGAGCGACGCCCGAGUUCUGGCGCCCACCUUCUGUGAAGCCAGAGCCAUCUGGGCUCUCGCGUACGCUAGCACAUGCCACUGCUCGCCCACCCACCGCACCUCCGCAGAUGCGGAGAGGUAGCGCGUCCGGCGGACUCUCAGGGCAGACCGGCGUCUCCGUGGCUUCGGAACACGCGCGUAUGCGCACGCCUAAUCCCGAGCACUGGAAUGGAUACUCGCGACAGCGAGCACCCUCAGAUGCACAUCGCGCUCAGUCCCCCGCGACACCGACCGUGAGCCGCGCUCAAGCGAUACCCUCUUCAUCCCACCAUCGCUGGAAUGACCAUCCGCGUUCAUCCUCGACGCGACCCAUCAACACUAGCGCGCGCGCGGAACAUGUUGCCUUCCCUGUAGGCACAAGUCCCGGUGCACGCAACGGCUAUCCAUCGCCGAGUAGCCCCGGUGAUGUGCGCCAGGGAAUAGCAAUACCAUCGCGGGGACGCUAUAGCGGAGAAGACGGUGGGCGUAGCGCGUCUUACGGCAACGGCAGCCACUUGCGGAAUCAGUCGUCCUCAUACCGCUCAUAUCGUCAUGAUGUUGUACGCGAGAGUCCGGAGAGCGACGACGAACUGUUGGAGGAGGACGAUGACGAGGAGCAAUCGAGCGGCGACUUUGCGCACUCACUCGAGAUUGAUGAGGGCGCAAGCCCGGAGGACCGAAGACGCGCGUCUGAAGAACAGGAUCGCAAACUCGCGGAGAGAUUGCAGAAGGAGGAGAUGCGGGCGGCUCAGGAAGAACGCAAACGGCGCCACGGCCAGGAUCAACAACAGGAAGACUUUCGGAAACGAGAAGAGCAAUACUAUCGACGUGCAGUCGAGAGAAAUCGUCAGGGUAGCAUCGACGCUGGCCGCAACGGCAUCUCUCCCUCGUCUUGGUCGAACCCGGCUGCCAACGGCCAUACUCACCAUAAACCGAUCGUAGAGGAUGUGCCCGCUCCAUCUACUACACCCGGCCCGUCACGAUCGCGACCGCAGGAGAACGCCGUUGCAGGUCCCUCUGGCAGCAGUAGAUCGUCCCGGCUCACGUCCGAGUCCAUGGCACGAAGCAUUGGGGCGGCGCGUACGAACGUUGAUGAGUGUUUGGACCAGAUGUUGUCAGAGAUGAUGGAGCUUCGCGAGGAGAAGCUGAAGCUCGCUGGUGACGACGAGGACGAGCGGGAUCGCGUUCUAGAUCAGCAUGCGGCUGGUCUACGCUCCAUAUACCUCAUCCUCGAGCAGGCUCAGAACCAACUGCAGAGUGAGCUGAAGGCGAAGAGGAAUAUCCUGAGAGAUCUAUGUGCCGAGGAAUUGUUGUACGAUGUGAGAGAGGAUCGUGUAUUCCCCUUCUGUCACCACCCAGAAGACACUAAUACUUGCUAUAUAUGA